GAGCUAUUCCACUUCCUCGUGGGCCGCAGCCGCUCUUUAUUCCUAUGCGCAGGGUGUAGAAGAAGAAGAAGAAGUCGGAUCUCGCUGAAGAACAAACGUUUCGAAUUUAUUAAAAGUCGGUCGCUGAAUUUUUUAUACGAUUUCCCACGAAACAAGACAAGUGCGUGAAGAUCGGUAGCCGUAGCGACGCAAUUCCAAGUUCAUUGAAGGCAUAAAGGGUCGACGUGAUGAAGUAAGUAGAUAAUCAUUGAAG